GCUCUUGAAUCUACUCAGGUGUAACCCAAAGGGAUCGACUGUGCCUUGAAAAAUGAAGCUCGAAAGUGUCUACGAUGUGGUCAUUUCUGGUAUUGGGGGCCAUUUUCCCAAAGCCAACAAUAUUGAGGAGUUCAAGAAGGGAUUGCUGAGUAAUCAAAAUUUGCAAGGAUCGAGAUGGAAGGCGGGGGAGCGCGGUGUCACCAAUGUUAUCGGUACAAUUGAGGGCAUUGAACACUUUGAUGCCUCUUAUUUUGGUAUACACAGGGAGCAGAGUAAUUUUAUGGACCCCAUGCAACGGUUGGUCUUGGAACGUACCUUUGAGGCGUUAAUCGAUGCAGGUGUAAACCCGUUGGAUAUUAGAGGGAAGAAGAUUGCAGUAUACGCAGGUUCGUCUGUUGGAGAGAACGACAAUUUGUUUUACGAGUCUAUUGUAAGCGGUUUUGGAAUCACCGGUCACUCCAGGUCUAUGAUGCCAAAUCGUGUCUCCUAUUGGCUCAACUUGAAAGGUCCCAGUUGCGCUUAUGAUAACAAUUGGCUCAAUGGCAUUGAAGUUAUACAAGCAGGAUAUGACACUAUCAGAUAUGGCCAUUGCGAAGCGGCUAUAGUCGCAACUGCCAAUUUGGCUUUAAAUUCGGAAUUAUCCUGGAUCUACAAUGACAUGGGGUUACUUUCUCCAGACGGAUCAACAAAAUCAUUCGAUGCUGAUGCUAACGGUUAUGGAAGGAGUGACGGAGUCAUAGUAUUUCUACUGCAACGGAAGGAAGAUGCAAAACGUUCCUAUGCCACAAUCCUUGGAGCUAACUCACGAUUUAACGGAAACAGAGAAGGCGCUUUUCGCGAUUUAAACACAGACGCCAUGGCCAACUUUAUUCGCGAGUUUUACGACGAGUGCAAAGUCGAUCCCAAAGAAGUUGAGUUUGUAGAAUGUUACGGAUCUGGGCAAAAGGAAGUAGACGAGGCCGAACUAACAGCAAUUGAUCGUGUAUACUGCAAGAAUCGACAGAAGCCGCUCCUGAUCGGAUCUGUAAAGCCCAACACAGGCCACGCGGAAGCCUCGGCGAUUUUAAUGAGCCUUGCGAAGGUACUGGUCGCUACGGAAACCGGGUACAUUCCGGCCAAUUUAAAUUACAAAACGCCGAACCCGAACAUCGAAGGACUGGUGAAGGGAAGACUGGAGGUUGUCACGAAGAAUAAAAAAUGGGAAGGGGGGCUAAUGGCGAUCAACGGAAUUGGGCUAGCUUCGUCUUAUGGGCAUAUUUUGAUCAGGGCUAACCCAAAAGUGGGCAAAGCACCCGCGGACAAUAUACCUAGGGUGGUUUGCCUGUCAACGCGAACCGAGGACGGGAUCAAAGCAAUUUUGGAAUCGCUGAAAUCGGAAGAGACAAUCGAUCCUGAAUACGUGGCACUGAUUCACGAGUCUUUCAAAAAAUCAAUCGCCGGACACUUGUAUAGAGGAUACGCAAUCUUAGACCAACCAAAAGAAGAACGCAAGUCCGAAUUUGAGUACUAUCCUGGAAACAAAAGAGAAAUCUGGUUUUGUUACUCCGGAAUGGGAAGUCAGUGGUGUAAAAUGGCAGUAGAUUUAAUGGAGUUGCCUAUAUUUGCGUCAGCUAUGUAUGAAUGUCACGAAAUAUUGAAGCCCAAAGGUAUAGACCUAAUGAAAAUUGUAACGGAGGAUGAUCCAAAAAUUUUCGACAACAUUUUGCAUUCGUUUGUGGGAAUUGCAGCAAUUCAAAUUGGCCUGACUGAUACUUUGAAAGCUCUUGGUAUUGUACCGGAUGGUAUUAUUGGGCACUCGGUGGGAGAGUUAGGUUGUGCUUACGCCGAUGGGUGCUUUACAAAGGAGCAGAUGAUUAUGUGCGCAUACUCACGAGGAAAGGCGUCACUGGAUGCAACUUUGAUUACGGGAAUGAUGGCCGCUAUUGGCAAAGGAUACCAGCAAAUGAAGGACGAAUGUCCCCCCACGAUUGAGGUCGCGUGCCACAAUGGCCCGGAUAGUUGCACACUAUCAGGUCCUAAAGAAGACAUGGAGAAAUACGUCAAGGAACUGCAAGAUCGAAAUAUAUUUGCACGCCUCGUUAACGUCUCAAAUAUCGCCUAUCACAGCAGAUACAUUAAACCGGCAGCUCCACUUCUCUUAGAAAAUCUUAAAAAAGUUAUUCCAGAGCCUAAAGCGCGCUCGUCUAAGUGGAUCAGUACUUCGGUACCGGAAGAUAAAUGGGACACCGACUUGGCCAAAACCUGUUCUGCAGAGUACCAAACUAAUAACCUUCUCAGUUCAGUUUUGUUCGAAGAAGGCUGUCGGCACAUUCCCAAGGACGCAAUCGUAAUCGAAAUUGCGCCACAUGGACUUUUACAAGCAAUUCUCAAACGUUCACUGAAAGGGAAUUGUACUAACAUUCCACUUACACUUCGUUCAAGCGAUAAUGGAGUAAAAUUCUUGCUGUCGGCCAUUGGAAAAAUGUAUCUUGCCGGCAUCGACACGUACCUUCCGGCCAUAUACCCAACCGUAAAGUACCCAGUAUCCAAAGGCGUCAAAAGUCUAACUCCACUAGUUCACUGGGAGCAUGGAGAGAAAUGGAGAGCCGGCUUGGAAGACAAGCUGAACUAUAUGGCCAGUGUCAGAGACCUAACCAUUUCGCUAAGCAAUGACGAAUACCGCUACUUAAACGCUCACCAACUCAACAAAACUACCAUUAUACCCACUUCCACAUACUUAGCGUUUCUCUACGAUAUCCUCACCGGAACAAGAAUCACGAAGAUAUCUGAUGUCAUCUUCGAAAACUUGAAAUUUAAAAAUAUGGUGACCGUGCCUAAAAUGGGUAGCAUACCAUUGUAUGUUAUGGUUCAAAAAGGAAGUGGAGAAUUUGAAAUUUCAUCCGGUGAUCAAUUGGUGGGAACUGGUGUUAUCAGGACACCAGAUUCGGAAAGGUUAUUCGCGGAAAUGUAUAAUAUUGAUGUUGAUGAUAAAGCCAUGACGUUGACCAGUAAGGAUAUUUACAAUGAAUUCAGUCAUAGAGGACAUACGUACACUAACAUCUACAAGGCGAUGCUUGGAGUAACAAUGUCUGAAGAAGGUUCUAUUGGGAAGAUUAAGUGGAAUAAUAGCUGGUCACAGUUUAUGGAGGGUAUGCUACAGCAAUUUUUGUUGAAGAGCGGAGAAAAAGAUCAAUCUAUCCAUCGAGUGUCUACCAUACAACGAAUUGUGAUGUCCAUUCCACUGUUGCCCACAGAACCAACAGAGCUGGAAGUUGUCUACGACUACUAUACAAAGGUGAUCUCAACGGAAGGUAUCCAAAUAUGUGGAGUUACCUCUAGGGCCAUAGAAAUUGAGAACAAAGCGGUAACGUUUGAUUCCAUAGAUCUAACACCACUCACCAAUGUGGAAUAUAAGAAUAUUGAAAGCGGUAUCAAUUUGAGCUUCCAGUUGGUCUUGGAAAACUUCGUCGAUCGGCACGUUUCUAACAUCAUGAUCGUUGAAGUCGAAACCAAAAAUGGGACAUUCGAGCAGAAUAUUAAAAAUGUAACCAGUCAGCAUACACACAUUAGCGCGAACAUUUCAUCAGUCACAGAUGCUAAGAUGGUGCUCAUAUCGCAAACUGAUCCAAUGCUGGUUAUAAUUAACGACAAGGUCAACGAAGACUGCGUGAAGUUGGUGACGUCUUCACAUGCGUUUCUGCUGGCACGCACUGGAGGAAGUAAUAUGACUUCUGCCGAUUUAGUAGAGGUUGCUCAGUUUUCUGUUUUGGGGGAGUCCUAUUCGCUGCUGCGCAAGAGCGCGAAGGUCGAUGCUUCCAUAAUUACAGUAGAUAGUGCUUCUUUGUCUUCAACCGAUCUUCAACGAGACGACCAACGCUGGGUAACAGAAUUCAAAUCGGCACUUGCAGCCAAAAGUUCCGAAAAUAAACGCGUUUACCUGACAUGUUCCGUGCUACCAUUUGAAGGAAUUUCCAACUUUGUAAGUGCCGUUAAAGGACUGCCAAACAUGAAGAACGCCAGGUUUGUAUUCGUCAUGGAUAAGAAGAUGCCACCAUUCUCGGUUAAAGAGGCGAUUUAUCAACACGUUUUUCGUGAAGAUUUGCUAUUGGUUGUCGCCAAAAAUGGUACUACUUACACCUACGUGUCUGUUCCAACAGCAUUUAAAGACGACAUUAAAAAUCCUCCACCUACAAUAAGCAACAUUGUGGAGAAUACCCGAAUUGACUAUCUGGGAUUGAACGUGUACGAUGAAACACUUUUCCUAGAGGGCGAGCCCAAAGCAGAGCUCGGAAACAUCGACUAUUCCGGCGUAAACAGCGCAGGCGAGGAAGUAAUGGGCCUGGCCAGAUUCGAUACGGAAUUUAGCAAAUUAGUGUUUGAUCCAAUUCUGAAAUGGAACAUCCCGUCAGUUUGGACAAUUCAGGAUGGUGCUACCAUACCGCAUGCCUAUACCAUGGCUUACUAUGUGCUUCACACGCUUGCUCGAACACAACCCAGCGAAACUGUUUUGAUACACAACGGAUGUUCUCCCCUUGGCUACGCGGCAAUUUCUAUCGCCUCUGCCAUAGGGUGCACUGUGUUUACCACCGUCACCUCAGAUGUACAAAAGGCCUACCUUAGGCGACAGUACAAAUUCCUGAUUGACCGAAAUGUGCUAAACGGUAUGAACACCUCCUUCGAGCCGCACCUUCUGAUGGCAACGGGCGGCGUAGGAGCGCACGUUAUCAUCAAUUGUUACACGGGAAGUAUGCUAAGCGCGACACUUCGCUGCGUUGCGGAGUUUGGACGAAUUUAUCACAUGGGAAAGAUCGACUGUGAGGACAAUAACGAAAUCGGAAUGAGCAUAUUUUUGAAGAACGUCUCAAUUACCGGCGUAUGCGCGGAAGAGAUCUUCGACGAACCUGACGAUGUUAAAGAGGAGGUACGGGCACAUGUCACCAAAGGAUUGGAGGACUUGGUUGUUCGACCAAUUAAACGAGAAAUUGUCGAACAUCAAGAUAUUGCGUCGUCUUUAAGGAAACUGAAGGAUGUCGAAUACAACGGUAAAAUUGUGAUAAAACUCCAAGAUAAUUUAGCUAUAGGACAAUUUAACAUCAGCAAGACGGAUCAAUACAUGUGCAAUCCCAGCGGGUCUUACCUAAUAUACGGUGGAAGUUCGGAGAUGUACACUGACCUUUUGGAGUGGUUAGUUUUCAGGGGGGCCAGAAAAAUCGUUUUGGCCACAAACGGCCGCACACCUGAAGAUAUGCAUUUGCAUCGUCGCAUCUCGCUGUUACAGUCGUCUUUUAACGCGACAAUUGUUUUCUCAAAGAAAAAUGCCAAAAACAAAGACGAGGUGGCUGGUCUUUUGUCCGAAAUGUACUCGCUUGGGGAAAUUCAAGCCGUAUUCACACUACCGCGUGUUAAAGCAGGAGAGUCUGCGGUAAACGCGAUACUUAACUUGGAAUCCUGUUUAAAGUCUAUGGCACCGAAAACCCAAUUUAUCAACUUCGUUGAAGACGCUGCCGGAAUUUGUGAACUGCGCGUGAACGCAGGUUUCCCAUCACAUAAUAUCGCUUGGGAGAACCUUUUAAAAUUCCCAGACGUACUCAAAUCUCUGGAUUUGAUACUUACAUUUAAAGCGAGGAACAUAUUAAUCAAAUCCGACCGGUUGAAGGACGUCAUUCAGGAGAAUUCGCAAUCGCUGUAUAAAAAGCUCAACCUCUUAUUGCCCCACUCAAUUUCUGAAAUGAAAGCGGAAACGUGCACAGCACCUGAAGGUAUAGAGUUCGAGCAAUAUCCAUCUCUGUGCGGCAGGGUGAUAAGGGACUCGCCUCCCGUCUUCAUGUUCCCGGGACUAUUCCAAAGACGGGCGGCCGUUGAGUUAUCAUUGCUCUUAUUACAUCCAGUUUUCUGCGUAAAUUACCCCAACAGCAUCAUUCCCGUGUCGGAAGCGGCCCAAACUCUUGCCCUGAGGAUCAAGCAAAUUUACCCGAGAGGCCCCUACAACAUCAUCGGCAUCUCCUACGGUGGACCUUUCGCAAUUGAAGUGGCGAAGUGCUUGGAGCGCCACAACUGCAGAGUUAAACUUCACCUGGUGGAUGGCGCCCCGGAUACAAUUCAAGGCAUUCUGAAACACUUGGGUGAAGGGUCAAACAACGAGAUCGGACUGCUGUGCCGUGUCUUAAACUUAACCAACCCCGAUAUCGUCAAAAGCUUGAGCACGCUGUCAGGGUGGCAGCUACGUCUCAAAUACGCCCUGAAACAUUACGAGUGCUCGGAGGAGGACAAGGAAUACUUAAGCGAGACGCUGAGUACAUUCAAAAAGUACGUGAACGCGAUUUUAGCCUAUCAGCCUUCUGAUGAUCUAUUAGUGGGACCAAUCAGUAUAUUACGACCUAGUGGUGCGAGCCAAUAUGACGUCUGUGGAAUUACCAAGUACUGCCAGCAAAAUCCCGAAGUGACCGUUGUCGAUGGUAAUCACGCAACGAUGCUGAAGGAGAGGUCAACUGCAAAGGGGAUCAAUAGUAAAGCUUACGUUCGUUAAAAGAUGGUUUGUUGGAAAUUGAAUACUUUAUUAACUGUACAGCAUUCUAAUAAAAUAAAAAGCAUUAACUAUUUUAA